AUGGGAAAAAUUGCCAACAUCGAGUACUUUCGUGUACCGCCUAGAUGGCUUUUUGUCAAGAUCACCGACCAGGACGGUAACGUUGGCUGGGGAGAAGCAUCUCUUGAGGGCCACACACAAGCUGUGGAGGGAUGCUUGGAUGCAUGGAUUUCCCAGUACACAGGGAUGGAGGCUGACGAAAUCGAACAAAUUUGGCAAAAGUCGUGGCGAAUGGGUUUCUAUCGCGGUGGUCCGGUGUUUAUGAGUGCCCUAUCAGGCAUUGAUAUCGCUCUUUGGGACCUCAAAGCAAGGAAGCUCGGUCUCCCCAUUUACGAGCUUCUCGGGGGCAAGGUCCGUGACACUAUCAAGGUUUACGCAUGGAUUGGAGGUGACAGGCCUUCUGAUGUGGAGACUCAAGCGCUCUCUCGAAAGGCGCAGGGCUUUACUGCAGUGAAGAUGAAUGGAACGGAGGAUCUUGGAUGGCUGGACUCACCGUCAGCGCUUGAUAACUGCGUUGAACGUGUGAAGACCGUCAAGGCGACCGGUCUGGAUGUGGGUGUUGAUUUCCACGGGCGUGUGCAUCGCCCAAUGGCAAAGCAGCUUGCCGCUCUUCUGGCGCCCCUUCGCCCCAUGUUUAUCGAGGAGCCCCUUUUGUCAGAGCACAUCGAGGGGAUCAAAGAACUUCAAGCGCCCUGCCCAAUCGCCUUGGGAGAACGGCUCCACAGCCGUUGGGAUGUCAAGCCAUUCCUGGAAGCUGCAUGUGUCGAUAUCCUCCAGCCUGACAUCUCUCAUGUUGGUGGCAUCUCGGAGCUGCGACGGAUAGCAACGAUGGCGGAGGCAUAUGAUGUCCCCAUUGCGCCACACUGCCCUCUUGGUCCGAUUGCUCUAGCAGCGAAUAUUCAAGUCGAUGCAGUAACGGCCAACUUUGCUAUCCAGGAGAUGAGUCUUGGAAUUCAUUACAACACAGAUGGGCAUGAUCUAUUCAGCUACAUCAAGAAUCCUGAAAUCUGGAGUAAUAUCAAGGAUGGUUAUAUCCAGCUCAUGGAUGGACCAGGUCUUGGAAUUGAAGUCGACGAAGCGAAGAUCCGUGAACUGAGCAAGGAUGCCAAGGCAUGGGUAAGCCCUGGGUUUGUUGGGCCCGGAGGCGAGUUGCGAGAGUGGUGA